GAUCUGGAAAUGAUGUGCAAAGUAUAGUUUUUCUAUUAACUUCUACCUGUUUUGUCUUCGAUGUGAUCAUGUUAUCAGUGACCCUACUAGUGGGGGUUUACACGUUAGCACAUGUCAAUAUGUUAUUGAUAGAACCAGUUCGUUCGAGUGACCCUGCUAGUGGGGGUUAUACACCAGCAAAUAGUGUAACCUGCUAGUAGGAGGUUUAUAACACUGGCCAUGACCUAUAGAGGAGACGUCUAUUUCAUUCUUGUACUGUAUCCGUUUUUCGUGAUUACACUUGUUGGCAUGCUAUAAGUUUAAUUAAUGGCUAUCCAUAUUUACUUACUGAGUUUAUCUCAUAGUUUUUUUUUGUUCACCAUUUCAGGAAGCGAAACUGAAGACGGGGAAAUCACGGGAAGUGACGAGUUAGAAGGCUAGCCAUUUCGAGAUUGAUAUAGAUUUUAGAAAUAAAUCAUGUUUUUGUAAGAUAGAUUUUACCUUGAAUUUAUGAGAUCAAAACAGAUUUCGGUCAUUAGAUCAAUUACUUGGAUUUAAGUCAUUUUGGAUAUAGAAAUAAAUUGAGAUGUUUGAUUUAAGCUAUUGGACUGUCAGAUGUGAAUUGGAUAAGUUUCGAGUCUCAUGCAUUUGUGGGAUCUUCUUACGAGUGCACGGCGUUUGUUACACCUCGAAUUUGGGUUCUGGGGCGUGACAUAAAUUUUGUAAAUAUUAACUUUUUAAAAAAUUUUGUUGCUUUUUUAUGAGAUUAUCUUGUAUAAGAAAUUCAACUUUGUUGA